UUUGCAGGCGAUGUGAGAGAGCAUCUACUGGUGGUAGACGUCGACGGCGAAUCAGAACCGAGACCGAAACUUCGGAUCCAAGGACUAAGCAGAGUAUCGGACGCGGGCGUGGCAAUACUUCACGGAGUGAGUGUAGAUAUACAGAAAGGAAUGAUCGUGGGAGUUAUUGGUCCCAGCGGUAGCGGUAAAUCAACGAUGCUAAGGUCUUUGAAUCGGCUUUGGGAACCGCCGGCGAAAACUGUGUUUCUCGACGGCCAAGAUAUAUGUGAUUUGGAUGUGCUGAGUCUUCGCCGUAAGGUUGGGAUGUUGUUUCAGCUACCCGUUCUCUUCGAAGGCACAGUGGCAGAUAAUGUUCGUUAUGGACCACAAUUGAGAGGUAAGAAGUUAAGUGAUACAGAUGUGGAGAAGCUGCUCAACCUUGCCGAUCUGGACUCUUCCUUUGCCUCUAAAAAUGGAAACGAAUUAUCGGUUGGCCAAGCUCAAAGAGUCUCACUUGCAAGGACCCUAGCUAACGAUCCAGAGGUGUUGUUGUUGGAUGAACCAACAAGUGCUCUGGAUCCAAUAUCAACUCAAAACAUAGAAGAUGCCAUUGUGAGGUUGAAGAAGACCAGGAAUAUGACAGUUGUGAUGGUUUCUCACAGUGUCAAACAGAUCCAAAGGAUCGCCGAUGUGGUGUGUCUCCUUGUUAGCGGUGAGAUUGUCGAAGUUUUAAAGCCGGAGAACCUCUCUGAAGCCAAGCAUCCUAUGGCUCUAAGGUUCUUGGAGCUCAGUUCUUAGUGUGCUCUCUCAUUCAUCUUCGAAGAUAGAUACUACUGCUACUUCUACUACUAUUAUUACUACUACAAUAUAUGUGAGAU